GCAGCGCAGGCGUGAUGUGGCGGCCAAUGGGAGCCGGCGGAGAUCUCUGUGCCAAGUGCAAGGCCCGAGAAUUGUCUCCUUGUCAACACGAUCGAAUCACUGAUCAUGUUCCUCGACGUGCAUGUCAGGCGCGUGGGCGAUGAGCCAUAUAGGCCGUCGCGUCCGCCUAGGCUUCGCACCCUCCUCCUUCCGUCUUCCGUUUUCGGUUUCUACUCCCUCUUUUUUUCUUUUAGCGAGUGCCCUGCGUUAACCGCAGAGCUUACCGCACCCCUUCGCCGCUGCUAGUCAGGCUCCAGCGUAGACCGCUACCGUCGUUCUUUCAAAGCCAACCCGUCGCCCUGGUCGUCGCAGUAACCAGCUAUUCGUUCCACUAACUCGCCUCUUCGACACUUUCGAAAUGCAUUCGACUUCGCUCCUUCUCGGCCUGUCUCUCGCGACAGCGGCCGUCGCCCAGAUUCAAGUGAACGGCGCAGGCAGCAUCGCCGCAAGCUUGGUGACCGCGUCGGCGACGCCAGCUCCCGCCGCAGGCAGCAGCUCCGCGCCGGCUGUGUCCACCGCUGCUAGUCCAGCGUAUUCUGCACCCGCUUCGCAGAUCACCUCUGCGGCAACAUACGAUUCGUCUGCGUCCACAGACAUCUACUCGAUGAUGCCGUACUCUUCUUUCAUGGCUGGUGGCUACAUGAGCUUGUCCUGUGGAUACGGAUAUUCGAAGGCCAGCGACGGGUCCUGUCAACCGGAAUCUUGGUGGUCGACGCAGGGAUGCUACGAGACAAUUAUUAUCAACAACAGUGGAGGAGGGGGCGGCUAUGGCUACGGCGGAAGUAACAACAACUGUGGUUAUGCUUCGGCCGCCACGGUUACCUCAACCGCAUAUGCCACCGUCACCGAGACAGCGCUCUCAACCAUGACAGAGAUACAGACACAGACUAUGACCGAGACACAGACUCAGUCGAUGACAGUCACCCAGUACCAGACUGUCACGCAAGUGAUGACGGACGUCGAGUCGGUCACGCAGACACAGACCGACUUCAUCACACAGACGUCGACGGAGCUCGUGCCGACAACACAGGUCUAUGUAUCGACCCAGGUCAUCGACGAGACGCAGACGCUCGAGCAGACGUUGACCGCAACCAUGACGCAGACGCAGGUCAACGUCUACACGCAGACUGCCACCGCGACACAGACUCAGACCGCGACUGCGACGAAGAUCCAGGAGGAGACGACGACGGACUUCGCGACCCAGACGGUGCUCAGCACGGUCGUGCAGCCGACGACGUACGUCAGCGUAUACGUCAGCACGCAAGUCAUCAACAAUACACUGACGCAAGAGGUCACUCAGACUGCUACUCAGACCCAGGACAUCACCUACGUCCAGACGCAGACCGCCACGGCCACUAAGACUGAUGUUGAGAUUCAGAGCGUGACCGUUACCUCGGUCAGCGUCUCCGUGCAGCCGACAACCUACGUUCAGACCAUGGUCAGCACUCAGAUCGUGGAUGAGACGCAGACCGUCGAGAACACCUUACUCUCGACCGUUGUGGAGAACAAGACGUACUUCCAGACCCAGACUCUUCUCUCCACUGCGACGCAGACUGCAACUCAGACACAGACGGACACCGCGACCGCGACUCAGACUGAGCUCGACACAGUCACGCAAACUCAGGAGAUGACCGUCACCCAGCUCAGCACGGUCGUACAGCCGACGACGUACAUUUCCUCGGUCGUCAGCAUAGAGGUCGUCAACCAGACUCAGACAGUCGAGCAUACCAACAUCCAGACCAUGACGGAGGAUUUCACGUAUGUGCAGACGCAGACGCUCCUCUCUACCGCGACUGCGACUGCGACCCAAACGGCGACGGCUACCGAGACGGACUUCGUGACCUACAUGCAGACUGUGACGCAGGUCAGCACGAUGGUGCAGCCGACGACAUAUGUCUCGACAUCCAUCAGUACGCAAGUCAUCGACGAGACGAACACGGUCGAGCAGACGAUGAUCCAGACUGUCACAGAUAACAUGACAGUCCUUCAGACCCAGACGCUCGUGUCGACUGCUACCGCCACUGCCACCGCUACUGUGACGGAGACGUCGACGCAGCUCGCGUCCUGCCUCCAAUCCUGCCAGAGCGGUUACUCGAUGACGAAGGGCAACGCCAUGGGCUGGACGUACGCUACGAGCUCUGUUAUGGCCACCGCGACUGCCGACGCAACGUCGGUUGCUGCGAGCAGCAUGGCGAUGGGGUACGGCGGGGCGAGCAAUGCCGCAGCUAGCUCACCCGGUGGCUAUGGCUACGCGGCUCCGAGCGCGGCGACCUCGUCGGCGAUGGCUACUGAGGCCGCUGCUGCUGCCAGCUCAGCUGCAUCUGGAUAUGGUGCGCCGGCCUCGUCAUAUGGGUCAUCAUCGAACGGGUCGUCGUACGGCAAGUCGAACUACGGCCGGGCAUGGGCCUCAAAGUGGUCGAGGCGCGCUGCCACAUCUCACUAAGCCCUCAUUGCUCGUGCUUUGCCAUGACCUGCCCUCAUGCCCAUGUCGUUAUGAUGUCUCCUCGUCUCUGCUGUCUCUCUGUGUGUAGAUCGGACUGAUGUGUGCGGACAUGUGCGGACACUCGACGCUCGUCUCUAUCUUACCGGUGCAAUAGUUGUAUCCCUGUCUCUGUCUCUGUCUUGUUCCCUUCCAUGGACUCUCUUCCUUAGGGGAAAUAGUAAUAGCAUACCUUCGCCUCCAGGUAGUUACCACCUACGGCUCUGGUUUUCGGACGCUUCAUCAUUUGGUAGCACUUCUUCCACUCUACCUGAUACCUGAC